AUGACAUCUCUAAUUAUCUUUCUGUCCGCCAUUUUCGCGGCCGCCCCAUCCGGCCUCCCUGCGACAAUCACAGCAACAUCGCUCAACUCCCGACCUGCGUCCCUCCUCGAUCAGAGCGGCACGAACCAUACAAACAUCGCCCCUCUCAUCAUUCGCCAGAACGAGAUGGAAGUCGGAUCGUCUUGCUACGGCGUUGAAGGCAUAUGGAAUUGUAUGACUACGAACUUCCAGCGAUGCGCCUCGGGACAGUGGAGCGUGGUGCUCGACACCGCUUACGGCACCGUCUGCGAGCCCGAGGGCUUCACCUACGACUUCCAGCCCGCCUUCGCAAGCUGGUUCCCGUCGGCGGAUACGACAAAGACCAUCGUGUGCACAGCUACAGCGACGGCGACGGGCGAUUCGACAGAUGCGACAAGCACGGGAAGUUCUGUUGCGCCGGCGGCUGGGGAGGCGGCGUCACGGUCCGCGAUCGGGGCGAUGCUGCUUGGCUUGACGAGCACGGCUUUGCUGUUCUUGGCCAUGUGA